AUGUCUUUCCCAACAGCGGCUAGCAACAUGAUCAGGGCUUGUGCCGCCAAGUCGGUGUUCAUGAUGUGUGACAUGCAGCCAGUAUUUGCUAAGACUAUACAAAAGAUGCCUCAUGUUGUGGAGACCGCCAAUACACUCCUCAGUGCCGCAAAUAUCUUGAACAUACCAGGCGUUGUUACUGAACAAUACCCAGAGAAACUAGGCCACACGUUGCCCGAGCUUGACACUUCUCACUGUCGAGUCUUCAACAAGCACGCCUUUAGCAUGAUGACGGAUGAUGUGACGGAAUAUCUCGAGAAGGAAUGCCGAGGGCGUGAUCAGUACAUUCUUAUGGGCAUCGAGUCGCACAUCUGCAUAGCGCAGACUACUCUGGACAUACUGUCUGGACACCCUGACUCUACUGUGUUCUUGGUCACCGACGGUAUAUCUUCGAGUCGCCUAUUGGAUCGAUCGACUGCCCUGCAUCGUCUGUCUAGAGUGGGUGCAGUGUUGACCACUAGUGAGGGCCUUAUCUUCGACAUGAUGCGGACUAAGGAUCAUGCCAACUUCAAGUAA